AUGGACUUGGAGGCUUUAGUUGGUGGCCGAGUUUCGGUUCCCAAGGAGCAGGUCUACCCCCGCUUCGACGCGCUAGCAAGAUGCUAUCGCGACUCGUGGCGGGAGGCCCAGGCUCUCGAGGCCCGAGGAAAGCUUCACAGUGUGCUUCAAGAACUACGCGGGCGCUACUUCCCAGCUCUGUCUCAGAAUGGCAAGGUGCUUCUUGGGAAGACGCCGCGGCGCGAGGGGCAACAGCUGCUCCUCGACGAGACGCGCGAGGAUCCGGUAGAUUUGGACACCAUCCCGGGGCCCGACCAGGUCCAGGAUGCGCACGCGGCUGUACGUCUCACGGUGGAGAACUACGACGGGUUCUUGAAUCUGCCUCUGGAUUUCCAGGGGUUCUGCGUUCACACGCUGGUUUCCCGAAAGGGGCUUCUGGUCCCAGGCAAUCCAGCGCUGGGAGUCGUCAGGUAUGCCGGCAGAUACUGCGUGUUUGCAACGGAGAGAGCCAUGGCCGAGUUUUGCUCAGAGCCUGAUCGCUUCUUUGGCGCUGUCCGCGAGGCCUGCUACAAGCAGCCGGAGUUCAUCCAUCUGCUUCGGGUUCAUGAGGACUUUCCGAGAUCAUCGCUUCAAGCGAUCCUCGUGAUGAUGUCCGGCCAACAGUCGGUGAUGCUGGCGGAUGUUGCCUGCGAAACUCCGCUGCACUUCCAGGACAGCAACAUCGACAAGAGCUAUGAGUGGAACGAGUGGAAGCUCCGCCAGGAGGCCCUCCACGUCGCAGACAUCCGGCGGAAGACGACUUCAACCACGCAGACGGCACUGAGCCACAUUCGACGGGAGAACGAGACGCAAGUCUACUUGCCGAAGGAGAUGGCGACCAACACCACUGCCAGUCGCGGAACCAACCCACCCAGGUUGAAGAAGUACUACACUGGGCUGCGGGGGGAGCCACGUCAGAUGCAGGUUGCAGAGUGCAGAUACGACCUCUAA